CUGACUUCUUGUUCAAAAACUUUUCUUAUGUCACUAAAUGCGAAGAAAACUAGGAAAAGAAUGGUACAGUUUUUGGUUCGACAAGAACUUUUCUUUAGGAAACGUAUCGGCGAAAGCAGACAGCAAGAAAAAGCAGUGUUCAAAGUAGUAUCUUUACCUAUCGAAAAUCAUGGACAGUGUUCACCAAAAUGUGUUCAAGAUGUGGACAAGGAUCCCUAUAGUGGGAUAAACAGGAAGAUGUUUGAGAAUUACUCGCCUUUUGCGUACCCGCUGCUCACUGGAUGGUCGAGAAUGGUACAAAAAUUUUUUCUUUCUUAUGGUCGUGCAGCAACCCAGUUGGUAAUAGCUUAUCGUUCUCCGUGUGAUAUAAUUUUAAACCAACUUUCAGUUCCAAUUGAGACCUGCUUCCCUUUAUUUCAGGAGGUGAAGUCGUUUUUGACGAUUGACACGUUUUCAUUUGAAAGCUCUCUACGGCCCAGAGCCCGCUAUUCUUCCUCGAGGGAGCAUCGUAUUAUGGAUGAUUACGCUGGAGGGAAAGAAGCUUUGUGUAUUCCUGUAGUAAACGAAGUUGAUUUUGAACAUCCAAAAAAGAUAGAGUAUGCGACCAAACGACACCCUUUUGAUAGCGCAACCGAUUUGUCGACAAUUAAACCUUCUUUUUGUAGUGGUUGUUCGUGUAACGAUGACUGUUCUGAUGGCAGUAAGUGCGAGUGUCGGCAACUAACACGAGGAGAAAAUUUACGCCUGGCGAAAUCUAUACAAACACCAGUUUAUGGACGUAUUCCGCGUUUGGAAUUGGGAACGUUCCUUUCCGGUAUUUACGAGUGUAAUGACAAUUGUCACUGCAAUAAGAGGCAGUGCUAUAAUCGAGUUGUUCAACAAGGAAUUCGGAUCCCUAUUGAGCUUUUCAAAACGAAAUGUCGCGGUUGGGGUGUGCGGACUCUGGUAGACGUCCCAUCAGGAACCUUCAUCUGUAACUACAUAGGAGUGGUACUGACGGAUAAUCAGUCAGUUGUUAUCUUUAACUCUUCUGGUUUUUGUUUUAUUGCUAUUUCCUUUCCCCUUUUGGAAUGUGAAGCAUUAGCAUUCUUCUGUGAAGAAAAAGGCAGAAUUUCCCUGUCGUUAUUUCAGGUUGGCGACACAUAUUUUGCUGAUGUGGAUUUCGUGCAAAACGUAGAGUCGGAGAAAAGGAACGCAGGAGUAGAUUUGGAAGAUGAUGAUUAUUGUAGUGGAUCUGAAGAAAACAGGAAUAGGCGAUUUGAUAUGAUCAAGUACAUGGAACGUUUUGGUAAAACGUCAUUAUUUACUGUAGAUGCAUUAGAAAGAGGGAACAUUGGGCGUUUCUUCAACCACAGUUGUUCUCCUAACAUGAGGACAAUAUGUGUCUUUGUUGAUACACAUGAUUUCCGCCUACCCUGGGUAUCGUUCUUCACCACAAGAAGUGUCAAAGCAGGCGAAGAGCUCUGUUGGGAUUAUGGCUACGCUGAAGGAACAGUAGUGGGGAAAUCACUACGAUGUCUGUGUGGGUCUAGGAAGUGUCGUAAACGUUUACUAUGA